UAACUACACAGUUGACGUGUUGUCGUUGCGCUGAAUGGUUGUGGCCUACGGAUCGCGACAGUUUUCCCAGUGAUUAUAGCCAAAGCACAGAUUUAAGGUUUCCCACUUGUGAAGUGAAAGCAAAGAAAAAUAAAGCGGGUGAAUGAAACGCUUGUAGCGAUAAGAUAAGAGAUAAAAUAUGUGAUAAAUCUUUUAAGACGAGAAUAAGUUGUCACGUUGUCUAUUUGGAAUACCACGUGUGAUCGCAGCGUGCAUUGAACUCCUACAGCAUGCACAAAGAGAGCAAUGGCCAGCAAGGGCUGUGCCUGGAAUGGAAGCAGCUUAACUACUAUGUGCCCGCCCAGGAGCAGAGCAAUUAUAGCUUUUGGCAGGGCUGCCGCAAGAAGCGGGAGCUACAGAUACUACACGAUGUUAGCGGUCACCUCAAGACCGGCGACCUCAUCGCCAUUUUGGGUGGCUCGGGCGCGGGCAAAACCACGCUGCUGGCAGCGAUUUCGCAACGACUGCGUGGUAACCUAACCGGCGAUGUGGUUUUAAACGGCGUGGCCAUGGAGCGGGAUCAUAUGACACGCAUUUCCAGCUUUCUGCCGCAGUUCGAGAUCAAUGUUAAGACCUUUACCGCUCACGAGCAUCUCUACUUCAUGUCCCACUUCAAGAUGCAUCGACGCACAAGCGCCGCCGAGAAGCGUCAACGUGUGGCGGAUCUGCUCCAUGCUGUGGGUCUACGCGAUUCAGCGCAUACGCGAAUUCAACAAUUGUCGGGAGGCGAGCGCAAGCGUCUGAGUCUGGCCGAGGAGCUUAUUACAGAUCCCAUUUUUCUGUUUUGCGAUGAACCCACCACAGGCUUGGAUAGCUUUAGUGCUUAUUCGGUCAUCAAGACGCUGCGGCAUCUGGUGACCAGGAGACGCAUCAAUAAGCACUCGCUAACGCAGGUCUAUGGCGAGGAUUCCUUUACGACGCCCAGUAGCAGUAGCAGAGGCAGCAGCGACAGCAACUCCAUUGAAAUGGAAAUUGUAGACAAGUCGCACGAGAGUUUGCUGGAGCUGCCCGCGCUGCAGCUGGUGCAGAGCAGCGCCAAUGGCAGGCAUAAGAAGGCGGCCAUCUGCUCCAUACAUCAACCCACCUCGGAUAUCUUUGAGCUCUUCACGCACAUAAUACUGAUGGAUGGUGGUCGCAUUAUCUAUCAAGGACGCACCGAGCAGGCGGCCAAAUUCUUUACCAACUUGGGUUUCCAUUUGCCGCUUAACUGCAACCCUGCCGACUUUUAUCUGAAGACGCUGGUAGACAAGUCCACGCCCUCCAGCGAGCUGCUACGCGUCAAGUACGAGCACGACACGGAUGGACUCUAUAGCGGCAGCUGGUUGCUGGAGCGCACCUACGGCGGAGACUAUCUCAAGCAUGUGGAUAAUUUCAAAAAGAUACGCUGGCUGUACCAGGUCUAUCUGCUGGUUCUGCGUUUCAUGACUGAGGAUCUGCGCAAUAUACGGGACGGCCUCAUUGGCUUUGGCUUUUUCAUGAUAACUUCUGUGACGCUUUCGCUGCUUUACUCUGGCGUUGGAGGCUUGACGCAGCGCACUGUACAGGAUGUGGGCGGCUCCAUCUUUAUGCUCAGCACUGAGAUCAUUUUUACCUUCAGCUAUGGUGUUGCUUAUGUAUUUCCAGCUGCGCUGCCCAUCAUACGCCGCGAAGUGGGCGAGGGCACCUACAGUCUGUCCGCCUAUUAUGUUGCCCUGAUGCUCUCUUUCGUGCCCGUGGUCUUCUUCAAGAGCUUUGCCUUUCUCUCCGUCAUCUACGCUUCCAUUUAUUACACGCGCGGCUUUCUCUUGUUCCUGUACAUGGGCUUUCUCUUGAGUCUGGCCGGCAUUGCGGGUGUGGGCUAUGGUGUGUUUCUCUCCAGUCUCUUCGAGAAUGACAGAUUGGCCUCGGAGUGUGCCGCUCCAUUUGAUCUGGUGUUCCUCAUCUUUGGUGGCUCCUAUAUGAAUGUGGACUCCAUACCGCUGAUCAAGUAUAUUUCGCUUUUCUUUUACUCCAACGAAGCGCUCAUGUACAAAUUUUGGAUCGACAUCGAUAAAAUAGAUUGCCCCACAAAUGAAACUCAUCCAUGCUUCAAGAACGGAACCGAGGUGCUGCAGCAGGGCUCCUAUCGCACCGCCGACUACACCUACUGGCUGGACUGCGUCAGUUUGAUGGCAGUUGCGUUGGCGUUUCACUUUGUUUCAUUCUUUCUGCUGCGUCGUUAUGUGAAUCGUAGUGGUUACUAUUAGGCAGUUUAUUUAAUUACUAAGUUUUUUGGGUUUACAGUGUGUUUUACAAUCUUAAAAAAAU